AUGAUGAUUCAAAGUCAGAGAACGAGGAAGAACUCGGUUUUCCUCACGGAUCUCGAGGAAUAUCCCAUAUUUACCAAGGGUGACUUCACAUUGAAGGUUGAUGUGAGGUAUUUGAGUGAGAAGAGUAAGAAAAAGGCAGAAGAGGAGCUCAAUGAAACGGAGGAAGUUAAGACAAAGGCUUUGGAGAGAAUGAGUGAAUUGAUCAAAGGAGAGGAAGAUCUUGAUAUUCCAUAUGACAAUCGUCCUUUCAUGGUGAAAUUCCUAAGAGCUCGGAAGUUUGAUGUCGACGAAGCCUUCACACUGAUGAAGAACUAUUUCAAGUUCAAGAGUGAAUUUCCUGAGCUGUUUAAGGAUGUUGUUCCUUCGAAAGUUGCUUACAUUCUUGCUAUGAAUGCUGCCUUCAUGUCACCAGUUAAGGAUCAGCAUGGUCACACAGUUUUGAUGGGUCGAGCAGAAUUAUUCGAUCCCGAUAUCGCCACGCCAAUGGAGUUCAUAGCAGCUGGCUUCGUGAUUGGAGAAGGAAUCAUGAUGGAGCCAGAAAGUCAGGUGAACGGAUUUGUUGGUGUCAUAGACUGCAAAGGAUUUUCUUACAAGCAUUUUAAGAAGAUCACCAUCAGUUUGAUAAAGCUAGGUCUACGCUUAGCGCAAAGCGUUGUUCCAGUCAUUCCGAGGCGAGUUCAUUUGAUAAAUCAAAAUUUUUACGUCAACGCUCUUUACAAGAUCGUAAAGCCUUUUCUACCCCAAGAAUACAUCGAUAUGAUCUAUUUUCACGGUGAAAAUAUUGAGGAACUCUAUGAAUAUAUACCGAAAGAGUGUUUGUUGGAGCAUUUUGGAGGAACUAUCAAAGAUCCUGAGAUAACUGAGGAGGAAUACAGGGAUUAUCUGAAAGGAUUCGAUGAGGAAUAUCUCGCUUUAAAUGCUCUGGGCUACAGAAAUUAUAAUUUUUGAAAAAUUUACAUAAAUUA